AUGCUGCUCCCCCUUCCCACCUCGUACCUGCUCGCGCUGUUCAUCGCCCUUCUCACCGGCAGGAGCAGGGCAGCUUCUAUCGCACUUCUCUUUCUGCGUGAUAGCGACAGCGACAGCGAUUCAAGUUCGAGCUCGGGCUCUCACCAACAUCACGGCGUAACCCCUGCUAGUGGAUUGAAAAGCGGGCAGGUCGCUGGAAUAGUGAUCGGUUGUUUGAUCCUGAUCCUGCUCCUGCUAUUACUCGCGUGGUGCUGCUACAGGAGGAGGAGAACUAGGGUAUUGGCGAUCACGGCGUCAAAGGAGAGAGAAGCCGCGAUGGGGCAGUCACCGAUGAGGGAGGUGUCCUCGCCGCUCCUCUCGCAGCCCGGCCACUCGAGGAGUCCCACAUUGCUCAGCUCGUCCGGCGGCCUCCCGCCCCCCGUGUACUUGGAAGCCAAGACCGGCAACGGGAUGCCCAUUUCCCAGACCCAAGCCCAGCCUCAUGAGAUGCGCAACGUUGCCGCGAAUCGGCAGGAGCAAGACAACGCAAGCACCGAAACCCACGAGCUGGCCCCGCUUCCGAACCCGUACGACAGCGACACCCCGCCACGGCCCCCGCCGCGCGACUCGUCUCGCUCUCGCCGCGGGACCUCGCUCUACAGUGGCGGGAGCAGCUCGAACAGACGCUCGUCGACCGCGCCAUCUGCGUGGACCCACGACGAAAGCGGCGUGGCGCUGCUCGCGCGCGGGUCAACACAAACGUCCCACCGGACGACGGACUCGACGCUCACUGAGGAGCUGGCGGUAUACCAGAAGGAGUUGGAGGCGCAUCAUAGGAAGGACUCGGAGGACGCGGUGAUGCGCGAGGGGCGGAUCGGAGAGGGCUCCAGCGUCCCAGCCGACCCCCCACCGCGGUACACGCCUUCGGAAGGAGCAUGA